AUGCCCCCAAGAGCAUCAACCCACCACCUCUCCAUCACCCCCAAACCCUACAAACCCUCCAACCUCUCCAUUCCCGUCUCGCCCUUCUCGCCCCGCCUCCCCAUCACCCCGCCCGUCCCGCCUCCAAAGCCCACGACAGCACCACUCGCGACCACCAGCACCAUCCUCCCCUCACAUACACGCCAUCACAACCAACCCCUCACCCCUCCCACCCAACCCCUCCACUGGCUCUGGCAAUGCCACAUCUGCCACCGCUGCUACCGCCUCGGCGUCACGCGACGCUGCCUAGACGACGGCCACGCCUUCUGCUCCGGCAGCACGGUGGUGAAGCGCAGCAAAACCCAACGCGGCAAAAAAGUCCUCAGACACAAAGCGUGUCAGAGCGAGUUUGAUUACCAGGGGUGGAAAGUUUGGGGCACGUGGAGGCGUGGGGGACGGCAGAGGGCGGCGCUUGGGGAGACGGAUGGAGCCAAGAAGAAAGAUUGUUGGGAUUCGUGCGAUUACCCUAGUGAGUGUCGGUGGGGGAGGCAGUUUGGGGUUGCGACGCCUUCGCCUGCGAGGGCGCAGUUGGUGCUGCCUUCCUCUUCGCCUGCUGUGCUUGGGGAUGAUGAGGAUGUCGCUAUGCGGGAUUUUGAGGCGGGGUUUGCGUUGCCUGUGCUUGAGGAGGAAGAAGAAGAAGAGCCUGCCGCGGGGUCGUGGGAGGAAACGAAGUUGCCUUCUGUGGAGGAGGUGGUUGAGAGUGUGCAGAGGAGGAAGCGCAGGAGUGCGGGUUUGACGGCGCCGAGUCCGUUGGCUUCGCAUCCGCUUUCGAAUACUGAGGAGGGUGGUGUUGUUGUUGUCGUUGACGAUGAGGAGGACUGUGCGGCGGCGCAGGCGCUACGUAGAGCGUUGGAUGCGUUUGAGCUGGACUUGGGGAAGAAGUUUUAG